GGGACAAUGAUGUGCCUCUACUCAGAAUCCGCAGUAGCGCCGCGGCGCAGCCACCGCGGUCACGGCGCUCUGUACUUCGUUGACCUGUCCUCCUGUAUCGCAUCCCACGCGGGUAGUAGCCCCCCUCGAGGACCGAUUUUGACAGCUGGUGGCUGCACACAACUGUCAAAGAACCAUGUCAUGCACCCUGCGGCGCGGUCGUCCCUUAUAUGAAGGUGGACUGCCGUGAAGGCUAUGCAACCGCCAAAGUCGUAUAGAAGGGCGCGUCCCCAAUAGGGGUGCAGCAUCCACUGCGGUCAUUUUCCUGGCGCUUUCAACCCGGAUCCGAUGUCUGCUGAGCCUACGAAGUUCCCUUCCCCCAUAGGCGGCGUGCCCAACCAACACGACCUCGCUCCUGCAGUGGUAUUUGCCGUUGCUUAUGCCAUUACAAUCCCGCUCGUGGUGUACAGACUCACGUCGAAGAAGUCGCGCAACAUCUUCUGCAUUGCCACCGCCGUGUUCGCUAUUGAACGUGUCGUAGACUUCAGCUUCCGCGCGGUGGAGGCGGAGAAGCCCAACCUCCGGACGACGAGCUUCUGGGUGAACUGGCUCCAAAGCGCAUACACGAUGGGCUUCAUCAGCAUCGCGGGCGACGUCGGCAACAUCGCGCGCGUCUUCCUGCUCAAGUCCACGCGCGGGAGCGAUCCCUCGGCCAGCGCCGCCGCGCCGUCCCUGGAUUUGCUCGCCUCGUCUGGCACGGACGCGGACGAGGAGCGCCCGGCGGGUACCCCCAAGGCGGAGGGCAGCGCCGCGGCGUCGAUGACGAUGUUCGACGUCCGCGAGGCGGAGGUCCUUGAGGACGAGCCGAAGCGCAGGACGCUGAUCGAGCGCUGGGGGCUCGUCACGCUGCUCAUGCGGCUCACCGCGCUCGCACUAGGGGGCGUGUACAGUGGGUUCUACUUCGGCGGGACGACGGACCACAGCAAGGCCGUGACGGCGCAGCAGACGAGAUACGCGUCGGACAUCAUCAUGGUGGUCUACUUACAGCUCGUCAUCGCGGUCCUGCUCUGGGCAUACCUCACGCGUCCGAAGCGCGUCGCUCGACGGCCCACACUCUUCUUGGUCGCCAUUUGUCUCCUCCUUGACAUACCCGCCAUCUAUCGCCUCGCCGCUAUGGCGAACUACACCGACUCGCUGCUCUCCAUGGCACCAGGCUCACUCAACGGUCCCCACGCGAAGGCGGUGUUUUACGUGCUGCACAUCGCGCCAGAGCUUUUUGCUGGCACGUUGUUGAUGUCGGUGAACGUGAGGGAAGUGUAUGGUGUCGGUGGGGGGAUGCGUGGAUAAGGUUCUUUCUUUGACGUGUCUAUUG